GCAUGAUCGUACGUUUUCCAAACUAUCGUGGUUGUCCUGAGCUCCGUCGAGGGCCCGAGGGCGCUUUCGAUGUUAGAUGUUUCAACCGUUGAACUGUUGAACGUUGAACCUUUGGACGUUUGGAGGCUGCGUGUGAUGUGCAGGCCCGAACCGUCCCGACAGGGAUAUAAAGCCGCGAGACGCGCAACCCGCAUCUUGCUUACCUUACCACUACCUCCACCGACGACGUGCACGAUGUUCUCUCGCUCUGCUUCCCGCACCUUCACCCAGUCUCGUCAGUUCUCCUCGUCGGCGGCGCGCCAGACCAAGGUCGCCGUCCUUGGUGCCGGCGGAGGCAUUGGCCAGCCUCUCUCGCUCCUUCUCAAGCAGAACAAGCUCGUCACGUCGCUGAACCUCUACGAUAUUCGUGGCGCGCCUGGUGUCGCUGCUGAUGUUAGCCACAUCGACUCCCCCUCCAAGGUCACGGGCUACCCCGCGGACCAGCUCGACCAGGCCCUUGAGGGUGUUAAGGUCGUUGUCAUCCCUGCCGGCGUUCCCCGCAAGCCUGGUAUGACCCGUGACGACCUUUUCAACACUAACGCGUCAAUUGUUCGUGACCUUGCGGCUGCCGUUGCUCGCGUCUCGCCCGAAGCGCACCUCCUUAUUAUCUCCAACCCCGUCAACUCGACUGUUCCUAUUGUCUCCGAGACUCUGAAGAAGGCUGGUGUCUACAACCCUCAACGCGUCUUCGGUGUCACCACCCUCGACGUCGUCCGUGCCGCGCGCUUCCUGUCUGAAGUUACGGGUGCGCACCCCGACGAGUGCAAGGUUACUGUCGUCGGUGGUCACUCCGGCUCGACCAUCGUUCCUCUUCUCUCGCAGAUCGCACACGGCAAGGGCGUCAAGGGCGAGACUUAUGACAAGCUCGUUCAUCGCAUCCAGUUCGGUGGUGACGAGGUCGUCAAGGCCAAGGACGGUGCAGGCUCCGCGACCCUCUCCAUGGCGUACGCCGGUGCCAAGUUUGCCGACGCGCUUCUCCGCGGCCUCUCUGGCGAAAAGGGCGUCGUCACCCCUACUUUCGUCAAGAGCGACCUCUUCGCCCAGGAAGGUAUCGAGUAUUUCUCGUCCAACGUUGAGCUCGGCGUCAACGGUGUUGAAAAUAUCCACCCUCUCGGCCCCCUCUCUGCUGAGGAGGAGAAGCUGCUCGCGGCUUGUUUGCCCGACCUCAAGAAGAACAUUGAGAAGGGCGAGGCCUUCGCUGCUCAGUCAUGAGUGAGCUUGCCUUGAAACAGAUAUCGCGGCUAUAUCUCUGUGCUUUAGACUGAUACCAAUAAAAAAAGUUUUAAGUUUGA